UGUGGAGCAGAGGCAGAGCGGAGGGGAACUGAAACACCGGCGCCUCCCCGUGAUGGGACAUCGGAGGCGGCUUGGGGGCGCCUACGUCCGUGCGGGUACGCGCAUGGGUGCAGCAGUGCUGCGCUUUGCUUGCUUGCGGGCUUCUUUUCUCCUCCAGAUGAGGCAAUGGAUGGCGUCAUGGCGCAGGACGAACCUCCGUGGACUAACCAUGUUGAACCUUCUCCUCCCGGACCUCUGGUGCCCGUCCUGAUGGCCUCAUGGCUCAACGAAGUGUUAAGAGAAUUGGAUUUACAAACUGAGCAUAGCCUAGAAGGAUCUCCACCACCUUUCCCUUGGCAAAACAGAAGGAUGGCAGGAGUAGGACUGGUAGUUGGAGGAUGGAUUGCAAAGGCAGUGAUUGCCAAUAUCUUGUCCAGAGUACGCUCCCUCCUCCACGAUAAUUUCAGUCUGCAAAAGGACACUGAAAAAAUGCUGAAUGACUUGGAGGUUGCGCUUCCUCGCAUUGAGGCGGUGAUUGAAGCAGCGGAGCGGAGAUCAAUUGAAAGCAGUGCCCUUUCCACAUGGUUGCAGCAGUUGAAGGAUGCUGUUUCCCAUGCAGGAGAUGUUGUUGAUGAUUUUGAAGCCAAGACAAUUAAAGAUCAGGUCGAAAGCAAGAGCAAGGUCAGUGCAAAGGCAUACUCUACCGUCAAGGCUUUAAAGGCUUUGGUCUUUUCUGAUAGUGAAUUGAAGAAGCUGAAGCAUGCUGUAAGAAGACUUGAAAAUGUAUCAGCGAGAGUUGAUUCUUUCAUUGAAUUGAUCAGGCUAAAUGAUGAUGAUACAGUGGGAAGGAUUGGCCAUAGCUUGCAUAGUGAGACCAGCUCUUUACUUGGUGACACCAAAGUAAUUGGUCGGGAUGAAGAAAUUAACCUGAUAUUGGACAUCAUAUUGGGUUACCGCUACCACUUGCCAAGAACUAGUGAGCAUGCACGACCUGAUGAUCAACCAAAAUUUGGUCAAAGGGGAACACUUUUUGAUAAAUUACGGAAGAUUUUCCUUACUGGAACUGCUGAAUCUAGUAAAUCGAGUGAUAAGGCUAAACUUGAAGAAUUAGAAGCAAGAAAGAAGGGGAACAAAAUUGAAGAAGAAGAUCCUAGCAAAGAUUGCAUAGAAAUUGGAGAAUACGAACCUAAUCAGAAGGGACAAACUGAAAGAUUAGAUUAUAAUAGUUCUGAUGUACAUGAAACCAGUGGUUCAUCUCAAAACCUUGGCAUCCUUCCCAUAGUUGGCAUUAAUGGAGUGGGAAAAACAACUGUGGCUCAAGCUGUCUUCAACAAUAAGAGGGUAAAAAUGUGCUUUGAUCUAACAGCAUGGGUUUAUGUGUCAGACAACAUAAGUGGGAAACAAAUUAUACAAAGGAUCAUCAUGUCUUUGGAACCAUGGAGUGGACUAACUGAUGAUGCACUUGAUUUGGAUAAUCUUCAGCACAAACUUAUUGGUAUCAUAAGAUCUAAGAGACUUUUUCUUGUACUUGAUGGUGUAAGUGAUGAUAUAAUCAUUGUAUGGAGUCAGCUACGAAGCAUCCUACGCUGCAGUGGACCUCAAAGUAUGGUUUUGGUGACAACCCAGAAGUACAGCAUAGCGAAUUUGCUAGGGACAAUGGGUCCAAUAACUUUGAAUACCCUAGAACAGACUGACUUCAGGUAUCUCUUUAACCACCUUGUGUUUGAUGACUGCUUCUAUCAUCAUUAUGAAGUACACCUCUUUGAAUCAAUAUGCGGAAAAAUAGCUGAUAAGUUCCAUGGGCUGCCGUUGGCAGCCAAGACAGUUGCACCACUAUUAAGGGCCAAUAGAAAUAUGGAAUAUUGGGAAAAUGUCCUGGGAAGUGAUUGGUGGAAUAUUUCUGAUCAUGGUUUGGGAAUAAACGUUCUGCCAGCCCUAGGAAUUGGCUGCCUAUAUCCAGCGCUAAGGCAGUGUCUUCUGUUCUGCUCAAUAUUUCCAAGGAAUUAUGUCUUUGAAAAGGAAAGAGUGGUCCAGAUGUGGGUGGCACAUGGGUUCAUUCAGUCUAGUGAUAGAAGGGAUAUCGUUCCAGAGAAUGUUGCUAAAAAUUGGUUUGAUGAACUAGUUGAUAGGUCCUUCUUGCAACCAACAGUCUGGCAAGGCCGUUACGUCAUGCAUGAUUUGAUAAGAGAGUUCUCAGUUGCUGUUUCUUCCAAUGAAUAUUAUGUCUUUCACAGGAAUUCCAAGGUUCUUCCACAAUUUGCUAAUCAUAUUUCUGUUGAUAAUGAUAAUUUCGAUCUUCAAUGGGGUCAUUAUGAUCAUAAAAGAUUACAAACUCUGAUGUUUUUUGGUCAUCACAGGGUUGACAAAAAUUAUGGCACUCUUGGUAGCAUAGUGAGAAAGUCAACUAGUCUACGUGUACUGGAUUUGUCUUACAUUUGCAUGAGUAAUGUCAGUCAGGCUUCAGAUGUUCUCUGCAAGUUGUCACAUCUUCGAUAUCUUGAUCUCUCUUUUACUGGUAUCAAAGAUCUCCCGGAGGCAUUUGGUAAUCUAUACCAUCUCCAGGUACUUGAUCUGCGGGGUUGUAUAAUUGAGAAGCUGCCAAAGAACAUGAACAAUUUGAUCAAUCUAAGGCAUUUAUAUGCUGAUUCACAAACCACCGCACUGAUCUAUGCUGUAGGCCAGCUGACAAAACUUCAGGAGUUACAGGAAUUCAGAGUUAGGUUGGAGGAUGGUUACAAGAUAAAUGAGUUAAGGGACAUGAAAGACCUGAGGAAAUUGUACAUUACAAAUCUUGAGAAAGUCUCAAGUUGGCAAGAGGCUACAGAUGCAAAGCUGGUGGAGAAAAAGUCCCUUGACUAUCUGCAAUUGAAAUGGGUGUACCAGGUACCUGAAAGUAGGUCUACCUCUCAGUUGAACAAGGAUAUUCUCGAUGGCCUACACCCUCACUUCCAGUUGAAAAGGUUGAAAAUUCUGAACUAUAUGGGAAUUGAUUUUCCUUACUGGGUGCAGCGUCUCACAGACCUCGUUGCUGUUAACAUAAUUAACUGCCGAUGGUUGAGUGUUCUGCCACCAUUGGGAGAGCUCCCACGUCUCAAGAAACUAUCUCUUUUUGGUCUAUCCUCUAUAACUCAUAUUAAUGAUCAAGUAUACGGAACCAAUGAUGUGAUCUUUCCAUAUUUAGAGGAGCUGCACUUCUCAGAAUUGUUUAGCUGGGAGCAAUGGUCCGAGGCAGAAUAUAAACUGCUUAUUCCUCACCUACGGAAACUUGGUAUAAAUGCCUGCAGCAAAUUAAGUCUAUUGCCGAUUGAAACUUUGAGUUCAUCAGUCAAAGAGCUUCAUCUUUCUUCAUGCACAUCAUAUAUCAGUAUGCUGCCCGCUUAUUUGAAAAGACUGACGUCCCUCACCAAAUUGAGCAUACAGGACUGCUCUGCCACAUUACUAAUCCCGUGCCAUUCCUUGACAUUACUGGAGCACUUGCAGCUGGAAAGCUGUUUCGAUGUACAUUUUGAAGGGGGCAUGCAGUACUUUACCAAACUGAAGAAGCUAGAAGUACAUCGCUGCUUUGAUGUCACUCAGAACAUAUAUGAACAAACAUCACUAGUGGAGAGAUAUUCUCUGAUGGGGGGUCUUCAGUCCCUCAUCCAUCUUGUUAUCGACGACAGAUUCAUGUAUUACAGAUACUACCAUAUGCUGAACACUCUUUGUUCAAUUCGAACUAUGAAGUUUUGUGCCUUUGAUCUUUCCGAGUUCACCACGGAAGACGAGGAAUGGCUCCAGCAACUACAGUCCCUACAGGAGAUCCAGUUUGCUUCAUGUCGCAAUCUCUUACGCCUUCCUUCUAACCUGAAUAAUAUGUGUAACCUGAAGAAGGUCGUUCUGAACGAUUGCUGCAAGCUCCAGUCACUGCCGCUGAAUGGCUUGCCAGAUAACCUAAAAGAAUUCCAUGUCUCAGGAGGUUCUGAAGUACUGGAGCAACAAUGUCAGAAAACAGAUGGGGAUGAAUGGCAGAAAAUUUCUCAUGUGCCAUACGUUCGGAUAAAUGGCAGAACUAUCCAGAUGAUUUCACAUGAUCUUGGAAGUUAGCAACACAUGUAUAACAAGGUUACUCUAGGUUAAGUUAUGUGUAGGCAUUUUGUGGGAUAUCAUUGUUGGUACUUCAUCGGUAGGAAUUAGGAGUUUCUGAAAACUUCAAAGGUAUGGUUUCAAAAAACCAAAUUCACAUUAACUGCUCCGGCUUCUGUCACAUAUCUGGAUAUACAAGCCACUAGAUUGUCAGCGAUCUGCUCAAAGAGGGAAAUGAACCAAUCAAAAACUGGGAAGUAGCCAUUUUUUAAAAAAAAUGGAGAGUGCUCUGAUUAUUUUCUGAUGUUUUCACGUUUCAACAGAAGCCAAUUUUUCAUCGUUUUCCAGUGCAGACUAAGAUUGGUAUUCGGAGCGAUGCAGAAUUGCAGAUACCAUCAGACGCACUAUGACUGUAUACUAAUAUACUGUACUACUGAAUUCGCACAUCACACUGAGCGUUGUGUGUUGUCUGGUAGAUUGCUAGUCUCUGGUAUGAGAUGCACACUACAUAUAUAGUUACGAGUUAUGACUUCAUAUUCAUUCUCCUAUCGAAUAGUAAAAGAGCUUUUAAAUGAUUAUA